CGCUGUUAUGAUGAGGGAGUCUGCCCGAACAAUGCGAGCCUGGGCGAGGUAGUUGAGGACAAAGAUGGAAAACGUUUCGUGGUGAACCAAAUGGUCGAUGAGGUGAAGGAACAGAGGUUGAGAGAAAGGUCGGUAGUAGUAACCUUUCAAGGGGAGGCUAGGAAUCUGCAACGUUCAGUCAUGGAGGACUUAAUUUGGGCUUACGAAGACGGGUGGACCGCAAAGAAACUGUUCCAACCAAGCUUUUGCAGGGGCCGUGUCAAGUUUGAGGGUGCUAAUGUGGCCUCGUACGUGGCAAAGGCGAAGGAGAUCGCGGAUUGGCUAGUACAGCAGAAAAAACUGAGUAUCAGAUUGGUGGGCAAGGAAUACUCAGUUUCCUUUAAGCCAAGGUUAUCCAGACAUGAAAUGCAAGUUGCUCGAAUCCAGGAGGCGGAGUCCAAAUUCUGGAUUAUGGCCUUAAGAGUGUCGCUUGACGCCUACUACUUUCUGAGAAGCGCGCUGCCGCCGUGGCUCGAUGACAUUGCUCUUCUGAUGACGACUAUGGAUACUGGACCUCGCCGCACUACUCACCAAAGAUCACUGUGGACGUCAACAGAUGUACGGCUGCUCCAGGACGUCGAUCUGUCUUGGAUUCGAUCUGUUGACGUGGCCUUACCUGCGUUACUAAGACGUAUAUCGGGCUCUGCAUCAGGUCCACGUGUCCGUCAACAGGAGGCCGAUGACGUGGCAGCAGGAGGGGCAGUUGGACAAGAAGGUUCGUCUGCCAGCACUGUCGUCCAGUCACGUGCCAUCGUCGACGAUCCACGUGGAGGUCGCGGCGCGCUCUCCUCCUCCUCUGCUGCUGACGUGGCAACCAGUAGUCGGCAAGCUAACACGAGAAAGAGAACGAGGAAGAAGGCGGCGGCGCUAUCUAUAUCUGUUGCUGACGUGGCAGAGCCAUCGCCGUCGUCCUCGAGAUCCGCGGCCGACGUGGCGAUAGAUGGAGAAGUGAUGGAAGAAGCGAAGAAAGUCCACGUGGCCAAUGCCGCCGCCAUGGGAAAUGGGAUCGCCCCUGCGCCUGCGAAGCCGAAGAGGCCACGUGGCAGACCGAGAAAGCAGCAGCCGGCACUGUUGUCCGAGCAAGCAGCUGUUGACGUGGUCGCCUCCCCUCCUCAAGAACUCGAGGAGCAGGGCUCAUCAUCAGAUCGAAUCACCGACGGCCCGAAGGGGGUCAAGGUAGUGAAGGUAGCAACGGCGGCAACGACGACGACGACGAGGAAGAAGAAGAAGAAGAAAGGUGGUAAUCAAUCGAAAGCGGAAGCGGAAGCGGAAGGGGAAGGGGAAGGGGUUAACGCUGGCGCCGCCACGUGUCUGAGUGAGAAGCUCGUUCCACGGCAGACGGCGUCCAUAGCGAUGGGGAAUCUGGACGAGGAGGAUGGAGAAGAGUGGGAGAGGGGGAGGAUUGCUUUCAGUACGGGCAUGGAUGCUGCUGACGUGGCAGAUUGGCUUGAUGCUGACGUGGCGGCGCAAGUUGAUAACGAUCGAGCAAUCGCAGAUCGGGAUCGGGAGUGUUGCCAGCAGGGCAACGACGAGGCGGUCGAUGACGUGGCCAAUUCCAGGGGCGAAGGGGAGGAAGAGGAGGAGGAGGAAGAGGGAGUAGGGAAGGAGGAAUGGAGGAUGAGUAAAGAGAGGGAUGCACGGUGGGAACCGAAAGAAGAGGAAGAAGGAGGCGGGCAGGAGGACGAUGACAUUGGAAUCACUGGAAUGAAGUACUGGGAGUCUGGGGAGCUACCGGAUCCGGCGACUGUGUAUGCAGCCAUUAAACGGAGGGAUGCGAAUCCGUCCCUGAGAGUGACCUUGUCGAAAGAAGAGAAGCAGCAGGUCACUGAAGUGCUUCGUCGUUUCCAGCUGAGCGGGUGGUCGGUCAAGCAGGCCUUGUCCCUGUACGUUAACAAUAAUCUUUUUCGAUCUUCUUCCGCAAAGUUCAAGAAGCUUGUUCUGCGAGCCAUGGUGCCAGAGCUUCGAGACAUGAUUCUCAAACUUGGACCGACAAGAGAGGCGGAGUACUUUUUGUUUCCUCUUUUCACAGAGUACUGCUUGGACUUGCACAGGCGGGAAAUUGAAGAAAUUCGCGAGCUUGUGUCGUCGGCGGACAUGACAAAACCUCACACCUGGUACAGUUUGGAAGUUCCCCUGCUCGUCUUGCUCUGUCUUGGAGGGGGGAAGGUUGUUAGACCGUAAGAGUGAUUGAAUGUUUUUUUUUGUUUGUUUGUUUGUUUGUUUGUUUUUGUUCCCCAACAUGUAGUUGUCGUAUCGAACCAUGUUUGAGCGCUUGAUC